UCUAAGGGCAUGGGUGUCCCCAAAGGGGUCGUGCAGGAGGAAGGUGACACAGGCAGGGUUGUCGUUCCAGUGGUGCCCACGGUGACCAUCUCAGCACACCGCAUCCCAGAACUGCAGGCCUCCGUCCUCACCUGCCAUGUGCAAGGGUUUUACCCCGAAGACCUGCGCGUCGCCUGGCUGCCGAGGAGCGUAUGCGUACAGACCUCCGAGGCUCCGGGCUCCACCCCCAACCCGGACGGCACCUUCAGCAAAGACUGCCACAUCCUGGUCAGCACCUCCGAGCUGCGGGAUGACAGAGUCACCUGCCAGGUGGGGCAGGAGGCGCAGGUGCUGGUCCAGGCCAGCCGGCGGCUGAGCGAGGUUGGAGAAGCGCGAGCGAGCAUGGGUGCCGCCGAAUUCAGCGCCUCCCUCCUCCUCAGCUGGAAGGUGCUUGCUCUGAUUUCACUCUCUGCUGUCUAUGCCUACAGGAAGAGCCACCCUUCCAGCCCCACAAAUGAGAUGAAGUUAAAGAAAAUACGGCCAGUAAACAAGAAGAGACACCCAAACCCGUCAGGAAUCGGAGACAUCAGGAAAAGCAAGGGGAAAGCACGCUGAGCGGCCCUUUGUUCCCUGGAAAAGUCCCAGGAGCAGCCGGUCCUGUCCUGCAUCGCUGUGGGCACGGAAGGGACCUCAUGACUCUGGAACACAGCUCAGCCCUUUGUUGCGUUGAACAUUCACACACCUACAACCUGCCAUUCCCGCUCUGGGCUUAUGCCCCAAAGAAAUUCUCGCACAUGCGCACCAGGGGAUAUGUACAAAUGCAUACAUCCCUGGUAGCAUUUUAAAAUUAGCAAAAUUGUUUUAAAUUUAAAAUUAAAUUGUUUAAAAUUAGCAAAGCCUGAAAAUGACCCAUAUAUGCAUAUAUAGAAUGAUAGAUGAUCCAUUUACUACAAUCACAGAAGGGAAUGUUCUAAGGAGGUUAAAAAAUGAAUGAACCACAUGCAUGGUAAUUCAGACAAAUCUUAGCAAUAAAAUCUUGGUGGGAGGGUAGAAGCCCCAGGAGAUGUGUUCCAGAAUGAUAUUCUUUCUGUAAAGCUAAACAGUAUACUGUGUUUAGGACUAUGCUAAAAACUCAUAUUUUUUCAAAGGAACAAUGAACACAAGAUUCCAAAUGGCUGUUACCUGGGACGUGGGAAGGCAGCAGGACGAGAAGGUUGGGUGCCUACAGGUAGACGGAAGUUUUUUUUCAGAGUUGUAGCUUCUGUGUCAGGUGGGGGCCUGCAGGAAUGUUUAUUGUGCUGUAGACAAACAAGUAGACAAGAGAGCAACACUGUAAGAGCUUUGACGUGGGUGUGCAGGGCAAGAGAGGGUGGAUGGGCGGUUUUAAGCCAUUUGCUCUCCAUCCCCCCAAAUCAGUCCUCAAGCAGGACAUGGAGAGUGGCCCAGGCGCCCAGAGAAAAGCGAAGCAAGCAGAGGAGCCCUGGCGUGGGCAUGAAUGCGCUUUAGCCCUUUGAGGAAGGAGCCCCUGUCCCAGGUAAGCCCAGCCCAGCACUUCCAGAUAAAUAUUUGCUCGUUGCAAAGGUGACGCCUUCAUUGACUGCGCACAGAUGGCUGAGUGCAUACUCCACAUAGACACGGAGCAAACGUGAGUGAGCACUGGUCACAGCGGUCCCUACCUUCAGGGAGAAGAAAGGGAGGCAGUGAGGGCUCGAGGGAGGAGGAAGAAUUAAAAAUGUGAUGCGUGCUCCGAAGAAAAUAAAAGUAUACGCAAAAUAAUGGCACUGCGAGGACCCAGCUCUCCACGGGGGUCGGGAACCACGCGGCUGCCAGCUAGGAAGAAGGGCAGAGAAAGCCUUUCUGAACGGCGGGACGCGGGACACUGAAGUUGGUGUCAGGCUUGUACAGAGCUCGAAUAAAU